CUCCCCCCUUUGCCAGCCAUGUCGCACUGCCCGACAGAUAAACGCAUCUUCUUGGUGCGACACGCACAAGCUGAACACAAUGUGUUCAGCGACUGGUCCAUCCACGACCCAUCAUUGACACCCGUUGGAAGGCGGCAGGCUGGCCGCCUCCAGGAUGAGACUAUUGGCAGUCUCCAGGGCACUGCCCAGCUCUUGGUUACUUCCCCACUCCGCCGCACAAUGGAGACGACCCUCAUCGCGUUCCCCGAGCUCAAGCGCAGGCUGGAGGCCGAGGGCAAAAAGGUCGUUCUACUUGACAUUGCGCAAGAAGUCGAGGACCUUCCAUGCGAUACUCCGUUGCACCCCCGCGAAGAGCUCGCGUCUUCCAUGGACGGCAUGUUCUCUGACCUCGAUUUCACUGGCCUCUCCCCCGACUAUGCUUCCAAGCAGGGCAUUUUUGACCCAGAACGGGCCGCCGAGCGCGCAGAGCUCGUGAGGAAAUGGCUUCGUGAACGACCCGAGCAGGAAAUUGUCUUGGUUGCACACGGCGACAUUCUGCGCUACAUUGUCGAUGGGCACCACUCGUCUCGGAGGUGGCGGAACGCCGAAGUGUGCGAGUUUGCGUUCCAGGCCGGAUUUGAAGAUCCCGAGGCACGUUUGGUAGAACGCCGCUCUACGCACGACAAGAAGCCCGCAGUGAUCCAGACGCCGACCCCUCCGACUUCCGAGGGUUCCAAGUCUCCGGGGCCGAUGUUUGCCAUGUCCCCUUGACAAUGAGCGGGAGGAGGAGACGAGCGUCGUAGAUCUCCCCGUUUCCGAGUGUAGCGCGAGGGGUGGGCGCAUGAGGGCGCGUGGGUGAAUGUGUGGCCGCCAUUAGGCGUGCAUUGUUGUUUGUACAAUAUUUGGGCGACCGGAUGACACCUGGCCGGCGUGCCAGGCCUGGUCUGUUGAUAACUGGGAGUGUGUCAUGUUUGUAACGGGCACUAGAUUAUAUUCUAUAGAAUGUUUUGUUCAUGUGCUUGUUGAUGUCUUGGGUUUUCCGGGUG